AUUCGUACGCCAAUCGGUGUCGUGUAUAGAAAGUGUUAAGUGCGUGUUGAAUUCAGUACAAAGCUGCAGUUUACUUAACUUUUCGUUUAGUCAAGGAUAAAGUCGCCAUGAUAUCGCUGACUAUUGCUCUCCUUUCUUUUGUUGCUUUUGCAAAUUGCGGUGUAUUGGUGCAAGAAGCGCCUUCUUGUCCAGAACAACAUGGAGUGCAAGCUUACGCCCAUCCAGAAUCUUGUAAUUUAUUCUUCCUUUGUACAAAUGGUACUCUAACAGUGGAAACUUGUGAAAAUGGUCUUCUAUUCGAUGGAAAAGGCAACGUUUUCAAUCACUGUAAUUACAAUUGGGCUGUUGAUUGUGGACAAAGAAAAGCUGAUUUGACACCAAUCAGCACUCCAGGCUGUGAAUAUCAAUUCGGAAUAUAUCCAGAUAGUAAAGAAUGUUCCGUACACUUUAUAAAGUGUGCUCAUGGGGAACCAAUUCCAAACCAAUGUGAUCCUGGACUAGUAUAUGAUGAACGUAUUCAUGGUUGCAACUGGCCCGACCUUCUAAUAGAAACGUGUAAUCCAGAAGCUGUGGUCGGCUUCAAAUGUCCAACUAAAGUGCCACACAACAGCCCAGCGGCAAAAUUCUGGCCAUAUCCCCGUUUUCCAGUUCCAGGUGACUGUCAUCGUCUUAUUACAUGCGUUAACGGAUAUCCACGUCUUAUUACUUGUGGCGAAGGAAAAGUUGUCGAUGAACAUAAUUUAACUUGUGAAGAUCCAGAAUUAGUACCUCACUGUGCCAAUCAUAUCGGAAAAUAGAGAGAAGAGAAAAAUGUCGAGAUGUCGAGUCGUUUUAAAAUUUGAUUUUUAUUUAUACAGAUGUCUUCCUGUACAUAUUCUAUUUAGAAUCAUAUAUUCCAAUAUCAUCUCUUUUAAAUAUUUGAUAUAUAAAUAUUAAACUCUAAUACUUAUCAGUGAAAAUUUUUAAUUGAUUAUUCUGUAAAUAUACGGCAAUAAUAAAUUUUUCAUUACUACUCGAUAGAAACUUUGAACAAUUAAAGCUGAAAGAGAAAAUAAGUAAUUAUUUUUGUAAAUCAAUCUAGUGUGACAGUAAUUUUUUUAGUUAUUAUUAGUAGAAAAUCUUGACCUUCCAUUAUUUUAAUCACAAAUUACUGUAUUAUCCAUAUAUCCUAUUUAGAGAAUAUUCAAUUUCUAUUCGUGUCAGGGUGGAAAUCAUUACUUUCUAUAUAUAUAGAGAUAUGUAUUUUUACCUGCUCAUUUCCCAUUUCGAGAUUUCCGAGAAAAAUCUCGAAACUGAUAUCAUUUUUACAGUUUCCUGAAUUACGGUAAAAUAAUUGGAUUCUUAGGUUAACAAAUAGACUUGAAUUCAUUAGAAAGAACAUCAAGCUGAAUCUAAGUCGUCCUGUUCAAACUAAAUACUCUAACCAGUAUUUACCAACUUAUUUCUAUCCUUGACUGACCUAUGACCUUCUAAAAUUCUUAUGCCCCCUAUGUAAUAUAUACAUAAUUUUUGAAUAUUAAAAAAUUGAAUUCAUUGAAUUGAAACUCAAAUGAUUGAUUUUAGGAAGAAAACACUAGGAAAUUGUUUACGAAACACAGUAAGCAAAUUUUCAAAAUAUAUAAUGAAAAACUAAAAUAAAAAUUGGAAAUAACAUAAUUUGAAAAAA